AUGGCUUCUUCAGCGUCUCCCCAGCUUCACUUUCUUUUGAUUCCUUUGAUGUCCCAAGGCCACCUUAUACCUAUGAUAGACAUAGCCAAAAUGCUGGCACAGAACAACGUUAUAGUAACCAUAAUCACCACACCGCUCAAUGCCAUCCGAUUUAGCGAUACCAUUGACCGCGCAGUAAAAUCUGGGCUAUCCAUCCGAAUUCUGCAGCUUCACCUCCCAUGCGCAGAGGCUGGCUUGCCAGAAGGAUGCGAGAACCAGGACUCUCUCCCUUCGCCAAGCUUGAUGAAGAAUUUUAUGACCGCGAUGAGCAUGUUGCAGCAACCGCUAGAACACUUGCUUGAAGAUCAGCUAAAACCCUCUCCAAGCUGCAUAAUAUCUGAUAAAAAUCUCGCUUGGACGGCUGACACCGCCCUCAAGUUUCGUCUUCCAAGAAUUUUAUUCGAUGGAACAAAUUGUUUCAAUCUUUUGUGCACUCACAAUUUACACAAGUCCAAGGUCUACGAAACUGUUUCCAGUUCAGAGCUUUUUGUAGUGCCCGGGUUGCCGGAUCGAAUUGAAUUCGCAAGAGCUCAGCUUCCUCGAGCCUUCAAUCCAGGCUCGAACCUGCAAGAUAUGAAGGUUGUUCGUGAAAAGAUAAGGGAAGCUGAAGCAGGAGCUUUUGGAGUACUGGUCAACAGUUACGAGGAAUUGGAACCAGCAUACGUCCAGGAAUACCGGAAGACUAUAGGAGGAAAAAUAUGGUGCAUUGGCCCGGUAUCUCUACGCAACAAGGACAACUCCGACAUGUCUGAAAGAGGCAAGAAGGCCUCCACUGAUGAAAAGCAGUGCUUGAGGUGGCUUGAUUCAUGGCCGCCGAAUUCUGUGAUUUAUGCAUGUUUAGGAAGCCUGAAUCGCCUUGUACCCUCACAAUUGAUAGAGCUCGGUUUAGGCUUGGAAGCAUCGAGGAGGCCAUUCAUCUGGGUUAUACGAGGCGGAUAUAAAAGAGAAGAAAUGGAGAAAUUGUUAUCAGAAGAUGGUUUUGAGGAAAGGGUAAAAGGAAGAGGCUUCUUGAUCUGGGGUUGGGCACCACAAGUGCUGAUUUUAUCGCAUCCAGCCAUUGGUGGGUUCUUAACACAUUGUGGCUGGAACUCGACAGUGGAAGGCAUUUGUGCCGGCGUGCCGAUGGUAACAUGGCCUUUGUUUGCUGAACAGUUUUUCAAUGAGAAGUUUGUCGUGCAAGUGUUAGAGAUUGGUGUAAGGGUGGGCGUUGAUGUGGUCGUGCACUGGGGGGAUGAAGAGAAGUUUGGGGUGCUGGUGAAGAAGGAGAAUGUUAAGGAAGCUGUAGAAAAGGUAAUGGGUGAAGGAAAAGAAAGAGAAGAGAGAAGAGAGAGAGCAAGAAAGCUUGAACAGAUGGCAAAGAAGGCAAUUGAAGAGGGGGGAUCUUCUUACAUUAACGUUAAAUUACUUGUUGAAGACAUCAUGCAACUGGUAAAAAAGCAAUCAAAUACUUGCUAAUUGCCUUUGUGCAAUUAAAACAAGUAAGAAACUUGUAUGUUUCUUUUUCUUUUUCUUUUUGUAAUUUUAUCCUUUAUGUUUUGGUUAAGUACUAGUGGAACUGUUUCACAAAGCAAAUCUUAGAGGAAGAAAGUGGCACUUAUUGGCAAGACACUCUGAAUUACAUAAAUAAGUACUUACUAAUUUAUCUA